AUGGAACCUAUAAAUUCGUCAAAAAAAAAUCUAAUUGAUUUAUCUCCAUCAUCCGAGAAGCCAUCCGAGAAGCUAUCCGAAAAGCUAUCCGAAAAGUCAUUUGAAAUGUCAUUCAAUAUCAAUAAGCCAUCCGAAAAGUCGUCCGAAAGGUCAUCAGAGAAACCAUCAAGACCAGUGGCAACGCGUAUUAAUACGGGAGAUCGUAGUAUACCUAAAAUUAUUGAACCAACUGAUGAUAAUCAUGUUAAUUUUGAAAUAAUUGAACAAAAGCAAACUAAUCAAGAUAACACUAAUCAAGAUAAAACUAAUCAAGAUAAUAAUAAUCAAGAUAAUAAUAAUCAAGAUAGAAGCAUAAAUAUGCUUGCUUCACAAGUUGAAGAAUUUUUUGCUACAUCACCAACAGAUUCAAUUGGUAUUCUAGUACGCGACAUAAAAUCAGAUGAAGCUGAUGGAGUUUUG